GUCGUGUAUGUGAUCGAUGAUUCCGACGAUGAACCACAGGCAGGUCCUUCGGGAAAGCGAGGCAAGUCGAUGACUCCUGUCAAAGAGGAGCCGGCUGCUGGAGUGGCUCAAGAGGAAACUGAGGACGCGGAGGACGCGCACGAGGCAGUCAAGGAAGAAGCCCCCGAAGCAAUGUCCACUGAUCCGCCUGCUGGUGAUGCCGCCAAAAGUGACCCUGAGGACGAAGAGGACGAGGAUGACGCCGAGGCCGAGGCCGUCAGUGCAGCCGUUCUCAAUGAGGAGGAGGUCAACGAGGAUGCGGCACCACCGCAGAUCGAGGAGGAGGUGGAGGAAGAGGAACAUUCGCUCCUGGAUCCUCCUCUCUCCUCUAUCCCCCGGCAGCCGUCUCAAUCCGCUGCCCCGGAGGAGCCGCAGGGCCCCAAGCCCCGCCUUGUUAUCCACAAGAUGGCGCUGGUCAACUUCAAGAGUUACGCCGGCAGGCAAGAGAUUGGCCCAUUCCACAAGUCCUUCUCGGCCAUUGUCGGGCCUAACGGCUCUGGCAAGUCGAACACUAUCGACGCCCUACUCUUUGUGUUUGGUUACCGAGCCUCGAAGAUGCGACAGGGCAAACUCUCGGAGCUGAUCCACAACUCGGCCAACCAUCCCAACCUCCCUGACUGCAGCGUUGAAGUACAUUUUCGGGAGAUCAUCGACUUACCAGGACCUGAUGCUUUCGAGCUCGUCCCCGGAUCGAAACUGGUUGUUACUCGUACGGCCUAUAGGAACAACAGUAGCAAAUACUCCAUCAACGGUCGCUCAAGCACAUACAGCGAAGUACAAACCCUACUCAAGGGUCGCGGCAUCGAUCUCGACCACAACCGGUUCCUCAUCCUCCAGGGUGAGGUCGAGUCUAUCGCUCAGAUGAAGCCCAAGGCCGCCAACGAGAACGACGAGGGGCUUCUGGAGUACCUCGAGGACAUCGUCGGCACCUCCCAGUACAAAGAGCCCAUUGAUGAAGCGCUUGUUGAAGUCGAGCGCCUUACCGAGGACCGUCAGGAGAAGCUCAGCCGUCUGCGGAUUGUGGACAAAGACCGCAAGGCACUGGAGUCCAAGAAGAAGGAAGCAGAGGAUUACCUCAGGAUGGUAAACGACCUUGUUAGGGCGAGGUCACGGCUCUGGCAGUGGUAUAUCUGGAAGUGCCUGGAGAACGAGAGUCAGCUCGAGGAGAAGAUAGGCAAGAUCGAGCAUGACCUGCAGGAGGAGCGCGAUCGCAACCAAGACGACAUUAAUCACUUCGAGUUGCUUCAGAAGCACUACGAUGAGAAGUGCUCGGCCUAUGAGGAAGUCCAGAAGGCCGCGGCGGAAGCCGUCAAGGAUCUCGCUGCUCGGGAGAAGACACAGAUCAGUCUCGAAGAGAAGCGCAAGCAUGCUAAUACCAAGGCGAAGAAGCUUAAGAAAGCUAUUCAUGAUGAUGAGCAUGCGAGAGCCGAAGCCGACCGCACUGUUGACGACAGUGCAGCGAAGAUCGAGCGGAAGAGGGAUGAGCUAGAGAGUCUCGAGCAAGAGCUCUCCCAGGCCGAGAAGGUCUUGGAAGAAAUCCGCGACAGCCUGAAGGACAAGACACAGGUCUUCCAUGAUCAGAUCGAGGUCAAGCAGAAGGAACUCCAGCCAUGGAUGGCGAAGAUCGAUGCCAAGCAAGCUGAGAUUGACGUUGCCACUAGCGAGCGCGAUGCACUCAAGAAGAAGGCCGAGGCAGCUAAGGAGGCCAGAGAGAAGGCUGAUGCUGAACUCGAGCAGCUGCACGAGGACCACCAAGCAAAGAAGGCGGAACUCCAGGAGCUCGAGGCUGAAAAGACAAGAAAUCAGCGAGAGAUCCGCAGCGCAGAGAAGGAGUUCCAGGACGCACAAGCCAACAUUCAAGGACUUCGUGCAAAGGCGUCUGCUUCACGGCAGAAGGUCGACGAGGCUAAGUCAUCGCAGGAGCAGAGCCGCAGUAACAACCGCGUGCUGGACACUCUGAUCCGGCUCAAGACGGCAGGGCGGAUCCAAGGUUUCCAUGGUCGACUUGGCAGCCUAGGGACUAUCGAAGACAAGUAUGACAUCGCGAUAUCUACCGCUUGUGGCCAGCUCGGCAACAUGGUAGUGGACACGGUGGAGCAGGGCCAGGCAUGCAUCGAAUACCUCCGAAACCAGAACGUCGGCCGCGCGUCCUUCAUGGUCCUCGAGAAGAUCUCCGGGGACAUGCGGCGCAUCCAGACCCCAGACAACGUACCACGUUUGUUCGACCUGAUCAAACCUAAGGAGCCCAAGUUCGCUCCGGCGUUUUACAAGGCGCUACGCGACACCCUCGUGGUGGACACCCUCGAGCAAGCGAACCGCAUCGCAUUCGGCGGUCACAAGCGUUGGCGUGUCGUAACUCUAGCGGGCCAGCUGAUCGAUGCCUCCGGGACUAUGUCCGGUGGUGGUACCAGCGUCCAGCGGGGUGGUAUGAGCUCGAAGCUCGCAGCCGAUGCCGUACCUCCCGAGGUGAUACGCAAGUACCAGGAGACCAGCGAGGAGGAUGCGCGGGCUCUCGACGAGGCCGUCCGUGAACUGCGGGAGCUGGAGGCCAAGGUGGAGGCGCUGAAGCAGUCAGCUCCUAGGCUCGACCUGGCCAUCGACAAGGUCCAACUCGACAUCCGGAACGCUGCGAAGCGGAUUGCUGACACGGAACGCCGUGUCAAAGAACUGAAAUCGCAGAGCAAGCCCGACGCGAACGACGUGUCUCGGAUCGCCACUCUCGACCGCGGGAUCGACGCUGCCACCGCUGAGCUGGAGAAGCUCCAAGGCAAGGCGAACGCCAUCGAAGCCGAGAUCAAGGCUCUGGAGAAGAAGAUCCUCGAGAUCGGCGGUGCGCGCCUGCUCUCGCAGAAGUCCAAGGUCGACGGCCUCCGCCUGCACAUCAACCUGGCGAACGAUGAGAUCACGAAGGCGGAGGUGGCGAAGGCGAAGGCCGAGAAGGACCGCGUCAAGCACCAGAGCGCCGUUGAGAGCAACACGGGCGAGCUCGAGGACGUCCAGCGCGAGCUCGCUGAUCUGGAGGAGCAGCUCGAAGAGUGCGCGGAGUACAUGGCGCAACUGCGCCAACAGGUCGACGUUGCCCAGACGGCCGCUGAGAAGUCCUCGGAGGCCCUGGCGCAGCUCAAAGAGGAGCUAGACGAGAAGAGCGAGCAUAUCCAGGCUUUCAGGCAGAAAGAGAUGAAGCUCAAGCAGGAACUCGAGGACACCAAGAAGUCGCACAGUGACAAUAAGGCUACGCUUGAGCACUGGAGUAUCGAGCACGACAAGCUCCAGCUCGAGGAUAUAGACGAGGAGGAAGAAGGAGAAGAGGGGGCUGCUGGGGGUGAAGGCGGAGAAGGAGAGAACGGAGAAGGCGCAGGCGGCGAGGGCCCAGUCAAGAAAGAGCCUGGCGCGAGGAAGUCUCGAGCUCGUACACCCUCACACGAGCUGCACUCCUACAGCGAACAGGAGCUCGGUACCUUCAAGAAACGCGAGCUCCUGGCUGACGCUGAGUUGCUUGAUGAGAAGGUCAAGAACGCGAAGCCUGAUCUGAGCGUCCUGAAGGACUACCGGCAGCGCGAAGAAGAGUUCCUGCGGCGCGCGGCAGAAUUCGACAAGAUCACGAAGCUGCGGGACGCCAAGAAGGAAGAGUAUGAGGCGCUGCGGAAGCGGCGGCUCGACGAGUUCAUGGCCGGCUUCAGUGCGAUCUCGCUCAAGCUCAAGGAGAUGUACCAGAUGAUCACCCUCGGCGGUAAUGCCGAGCUUGAGCUUGUCGACAGCAUGGAUCCCUUCUCGGAAGGCAUCAUCUUCAGUGUUAUGCCCCCGAAGAAGAGCUGGAAGAACAUUUCGAAUUUGUCCGGUGGAGAGAAGACUUUGAGUUCUCUCGCCCUUGUCUUCGCCUUGCACGUCUAUAAGCCGACGCCUCUGUACUUCAUGGAUGAGAUCGACGCCGCCCUCGACUUCCGGAACGUCUCCAUUGUCGCGAACUACAUCAAGGACCGUACGAAGAACGCGCAGUUCAUCAUCAUUUCCCUGAGGAAUGACAUGUUCGAGCUGAGCCAUCGCUUGAUCGGCAUUUACAAGACCGCCAACGCUACUCGCAGUAUCUCGAUCGACAACCACGCUCUGCACGCCAUCCCUGCACCUACUGCUGCUCCUACCGCUGUAGCCAGUCACUGAUAAAACACACUGUACAAUACUCUCCGUCACACGUGCUGGUCAUCCCGUUCCC